CAGAGCAGAGGAGAGCAGAGCUACGCGGGGCGAGGAUCCUGAUCUUGAGGAACUAUGGUGGUUGGGGACUAUUUACCACGCCAGCAUCUAUGUCCGCUUUUGGCGUGAUCGUCAAUUGACGAAGGCAAAAAAUCGGACUGCUUUUCGCAAGCUGAGAGAGGCACGGGGCCGGGAGGAGAGAUGAUAAUGGGCGCAUGCGGCAUGAAUUUGGGUGAUGGAUUGGACGUCACGAGGCAAGGAUUCGCGAGGUACAUCAGUCGCCGAGAGCUUUCGAACGUCGGAGUGGUCACUUACGGACGCUGAGGGCCGUUGACUGUAUAUUUGUAAAUGCUGUGCUGGGCUCUGUAGGGCGCUCGUGCGCUGUGGCCGCGUGUGGAGGCGCUCAAUGUGGCAUUAGCCGAUUGUCAGUACAGGCAUGGAGAUUUUCGCCACAAUGCAGGCCACUUUCACUACUGGACCGCCGCUGAAUUCCACGGAAGUUCGCAAGUGUAGGGCUCCUGAUGCUGCUCUCCACCAGUCUCUCCUCCACUUACGAAAAAGUCCUAAGGUCUGCAGCGUUCGACACGACGACAUAUUUAAUAGCUCUGGCCUCUCGACACCGGUCAAACCCUUUUUCGGUGGCAAGAGGAAAUUGUAUAAAUGGCAGCGACCUUCUUCUGAGUUGCAGAAAAGAGAAAAUCUUCCAAGGUUGCUUGUUACAGCCUCCACGGCUGGAAUUGGUUCAGACAACUCUUCAGAGUCUUCGUUUGGUAGCAACUUUCCUGAUCCUGUUUCUCUUAGAGCUGCAUUAAAAGCAUCUCAGGCGCGAGUUCUCGAAAUAGAAAACGAAAAGAGGGACAUACUAGAAGCUUUGCGCCAGUCAGAAGCUAAAGUCCAGGAAUAUGCCGCACUCAUGGUUCAAACAACUGAUGAAGCCCUCAGUGAGCUUGAGGCCUCUAAGAAGCUUUUCAAGGCAGAGCUGUCGAAGGUACUGGAAGAAAAGUCAACACUUCAAAAGGAGACGCUUUUGGCGAAACAAGACGCCGUAAAUCUUGCAGUCAAAAUAGAGAAGAUUGCAGAGUCUGCGAUUCAAGAAGCAACUCAACGCUUCGCUGAAGAUUUAGUUUUGAAAGAUUCUGCUGCAGAGACUGCUGCAGCAGAAGCAGCUGCUGGAGUGGAAGAAAGCAUACGCCUUGCUGCUUCGGAUGCUGCUGCAUUGGUUGUGACGGAAGCGAGCACUGUAAUGGAAGAAGCCCUAGCAGCAGCAUCAUUGGCAAAGCAGCAGGCAACUAAAGCGCAGGAAGCAUUGGCGAAAGGUAUGGAAAUAUUCGAAGAGCUCUCAGCUGCGAAACUUACAACGUUGUCCCUGCAGGAGAAAGUAUCAUAUCUUGAAAGGGAGCUUGGAAUAUCUCAGGGUAUUGUGGAAAGCCUCCGGCUUGAGCUCAAAGCCAGUCAGAUGAGGACCGAAGCAGCUAAUGCUAGAGCAGCAGAGGCAGAAGCAGCUGUUCAGGAAGUUCAAAGAGCAGCAGCAGAGGAUGGCAGGGAACGUGAUGAUAGGGCCAAGCAAACAUUGGAAGAGAUCAAGGCGACAUUAAUAUCGAAAACAGAAGUUGCAAGCGUAGUUUUACAAGCAGAUCUAGAGGCCCUUAAAGCAGCCUAUCAUGCUGCACAGGAAGCUGGCAAUGUCAAAGAGCAAGCCAAUCUUAGAAUGUAUGAAGCCUUGGAAAGGUCGUUGGCUGCGGCAGAAGGUAGUGCUGAAGCUUGGAAAAAUCGUGCGCUUUCUGUGGAGGGACUUCUGCGAAGGGUGAAAGAAGAAGGUUUAGAAGCUGUUUCCAGUGUAGUGGCUGAAGAGAUGGUUGCAGGAGGCCGAAUGGAGACAUUGCUUGGAAAUGACUCCAGGAAACGGGAUCUGCUCGCGAAUGGGCCAAGAAGAGAAACCCCGGAAUGGAUGAGGCGAAGAAUCGAAGUAGGCUUUCAGGGUCUGCCACCGAGAUCGUCCAUGCCUACAAAUUCAGAAAUUGAGGCACAAGUGCCUUUGCAUUUACCUAGACCAGAUGAGGUCUGGUCCAUAUUCAAUGCAAAAGUGAAAGAAGAUGAUCUGUACACAAAGCAGGCCGUCGAGAAAGAGGCCUUAGAUGAGCAAAGGAGAGCUUUAGAGCGGGCCUUGCAGAAGAAAACUGUGAAGCGGCACCCGGAAGAUGGAGAAGGAAAACUAGAAUCUGGCACAGGAUCAGGCCGAGAAAUUGUGUUUCAAGGCUUCAACUGGGAGAGCUGGAGAAGAAAGUGGUACUUGGAACUUGCUCCAAAGGCAGCAGAUUUGAAGAAGUGUGGUAUCACAACUAUCUGGAUGCCUCCUCCCACUGAGUCUGUGGCUCCUCAAGGGUACAUGCCUGGAGACUUGUACAAUCUAAACUCCGCAUACGGCACAGUAGAUGAACUCAAACAGUGCAUUGAGGAGAUGCAUAACAACGACAUCCUGGUGCUUGGUGAUGCUGUUCUCAAUCAUCGCUGUGCCCAGAAACAGAGCCCGAAUGGUGUUUGGAAUAUAUUUGGAGGGAAACUUGCGUGGGGUCCAGAAGCUAUUGUGAAAGACGACCCUAACUUCCAGGGCCGUGGAAAUCCUUCCAGUGGUGAUUUUUUUCAUGCUGCUCCCAACAUCGAUCAUUCUCAGGACUUCAUUCGGAGAGAUAUCAAAGAGUGGAUGAAGUGGCUGAGAUCCGAGAUAGGCUUCGAUGGAUGGCGCCUUGAUUAUGUUAGAGGAUUUUGGGGUGGUUACGUCAAAGAGUAUAUUGAGGCUACCGACCCCGCAUUUUCAAUUGGGGAGUACUGGGAUAGUCUGGCGUAUGACGGUGGGCAGGUGAGCUAUAAUCAAGAUGCCCAUCGUCAGCGUAUUAUCAAUUGGAUAAAUGCAACGGGCGGUACGUCAUCCGCUUUUGAUGUAACAACCAAGGGUAUUCUUCAUUCAGCCCUACAUAACGAAUACUGGAGGUUGAUUGAUCCGCAAGGCAAACCUCCUGGUGUUAUGGGAUGGUGGCCAUCACGAGCAGUAACUUUUCUAGAAAAUCAUGAUACGGGCUCUACCCAGGGUCAUUGGCCUUUCCCUCGGGAUAAGUUGAUGCAAGGCUAUGCUUACAUCUUGACACAUCCGGGAACGCCUGUCAUCUUCUAUGACCACUUUUAUGAUUUUGGUCUACAUGAUCAAAUAGCGGAGCUCAUCGCCGCCAGAAAGCGUACAGCUGUCCACUGUAGGAGCCCUGUCAAAAUCUUCCAUGCCAACAUUGAAGGUUACGUCGCUCAAGUUGGCGAAAACUUGGUAAUGAAAUUGGGCAGGCUUGACUGGAACCCCUCAAAGGAGAACAACCUAGCUGGAUCUUGGGAGCGAUUUUUGGACCGAGGAUCAGAGUAUCAGCUGUGGGAGCGCAAGUAGACUGGUCUCGAAAGCCGGAGGCUUCAGAGACGGAUACUAAAAGUCCCUUUUCUAGAUACUUACGGCCGCAAAUCUUCAGGGGUUAUAUUCUUCGUUCUCAUCAUUCCAUUGCCACUAGGUUCAAUUGUGGAACUCACAGCCGGAGUUGUAAAUACGACAGUGGAGAACAUGCAUUACUAUGGAGAACCGAAGAAAAAAGGAUUCGAAUAUCUCACUUUUGACUGUCUUGUGUAGGCAAAACUCAAAGGUUGCAGAGUUGAUAAGAUCAGACUCAUUUACACCAUUGCCCCUGCAGCUUGCUAAGUGACCGAGGCAUGACAAACGAGUCCAAUAAGUAAUUGAUGGUUAAAACGGCUAGAGCACUUAUCGCAGUGGAAAUCUGCGUGUUCAAAGUAAAUCACGGCAGGUAAAUAACCUCCUGAAGUCCUAACAGAUAAGAAGCUCAGGGACUGCUUCAAGGCAUGCAGGGG